CUAAGUCAUUAAAAAGGACAUAGCUAGAUAAAAUAAUAUUUAUUUUAGCAGUUUCGCUAGCACUUCUCCUCUAUUGGACUAGUAAUUAGUUUUGAUGUGUUUUAUUUUACAUGGAAUUUCUGUAAACCAUUGUUUAUAAUAAAUCAGUAACAGCCGUAAAAUAUUAUUGCUUUGCUCAAUAUUUGCUGACUUUGUAAUAUUUAGAAUUAAGAAUUCUGCAGCUUCCAAAUUUAAAGCCGGACACGUGUAAUGCCGAUGAUGAUGGCGGUCUUCAAAACGACCUAUAUUCUCGUCUUCUUUGCACUGCUCAAACUGAGCUUCGGACAACAUGUCUCCUACACAACCAUGGGAUACGGAAACAACCAAUAUGGUGUAAAGACAGCGUACUUUUGGACAUACCCAGAGAAAGACCAUGCUAAAAAUCAUCUAAUGAAAAUAACGAUGGAUGGGCGGUCAUGCAACGCCGUGCAUGUAAACGUUGUAGCGAGGCACGGAGCCCGAUAUACUGGUUUAGCAGAAAUGCGGUCUUUCUCCAUACUUCAUGAAAAACUAAAGCACAAUUUCACUAACCGCAAGUAUGACUUUAUAAAUACCUGGAUCAACAGCUAUCCCGAAGCAAAAGCAGAACAGCUUUCUGUGUUAGGGAAAAGGGAAAUGACGUAUCUUGGAAAGUAUUUUGGGACAGAACUUUUUGAUUUAUUAAAUGGAACCGUUUCAGCAGACGACAAUCCGGUAUCAGUACAUUUUGCAGCAACACGGAAAACACGGACACAAGAAGGCGCCAAAUUGUUUUACAGCGGUUUAACCGACGCAAUAAUAGGGCAAAACUUGACAAAUGUGAAACCUGAAAUCCGAGAUAAUAUUCUUCGUUUCUAUGACAACUGCAAAAGGUACGAGCAAGAAACUGCCGACUUAAGUGAACAAACAAAGUUCGAGAACGGACCUGUAUUUCAGAAGGUUAUUGUGGAUAUUACAAAAAGACUUGGUGCCAAUGUUUCUUUAACUGUAGGUGAUGUUAAGAUAUUGUACAUGCUCUGUGCCACGGAACUUGCUAUCAUGAGCAAUGCAGACUGGUGUAGUCUGCUUACAGACGCUGAUAGGGAAGUGCUGGAAUAUGAUAAUGAUAUUAAGGAGUAUAUAACAAGACUAUAUGGACAUGCUGUAACAGGACAGAUGUCUUGUCCACUCGGAAGGGAUAUAUUUACAGCUAUGGACAAUGCUAUAGCGUCGAAUGAUCAAGGAUCGAGCUACAGGAAAGGCAUAUUCCAGGUGGGCCAUGCUGACACAGUAAUUGAUUUGGCAGCUGGACUGGGUCUAUUCAACGACACAGACUCUCUAAGGGCAGAUAACUACGACACCAUGAAGAACAGGAAAUAUCGAGCGUCCAUACAGGACACUUUCUCUACUCAUUUUGCAUUCAUUCUCUACAACUGUGGAGGAACAGGGGCAGAUAAUUAUGCUCUUAAACUGUUUUUCAAUGGAAAAGCUCUGUCUGUCCCAAAAUGCAGCAGUGAUGUGUGCUGGUAUAAAGAUGUCAGACUGGGUUACAAACAAUUCAUUGACAGCUGUGACUGGAACAGUGUAUGUGCAGUUGAUCAUAGUCAAAGUAUAGUAGGCUAAAAAUAUGAAACCCAUUUCACAAUUACAUCUUGCAAAUUUUUAUACAUACCUAUUUCUUACAAAAUUAGAAGCGCUGGUGGUAUAGGCCAGAUAUAAUGUGCAUUCCAGUAUUAUUUGCUAUGGCAAUAAAUAAAAAGUUCUUGCCUCAGAAAAUGAAAUAUAGCUGCAGAAUAUCAUGCUCCAAUCAAUAAAUGUGUUUAAUAACUCAAUGGCAUUUCUGUCCUGUGAAAACAAUUGUAAAUAUACAGGGAUAUGACCCAACACAGCUGUCAAUCACUGUGGUAGCUUUGCAACUAUAGUAUAUAGGGAUGUCACCUGACAAGC